AUGUGUAAUUUUUUCUACAGAUGGUCGAAGAUUGCUUCUCAUCUGCCAGGAAGAACAGAUAACGGUAUCAAGAAUCACUGGAACACACAUAUCAAGAAGAAGCUAAGGAAUAUGGGAAUCGACCCUCUCACCCACAACCCUCUGCCACCACCACCCGCCGCCGAUGACGAACCACCGCGGGAAGUGGCGGCGGAACCAAAGACAACGGCAGAGGAGGAUGAUGAUCAGGCGGAGCCCACUUCAUUACAGCAGUCAACCGAAGACAGAAUCGAGAUCCCAUUUGACUCUACUGAAUUACUAUUCGUCAACAAUUCCGAUUUCUCCAUUGACGAAAUCCCAGUGAUUGCACCCCAUCAGAUUCUGCUCACCUCAAAUGAAAAUUCAUCAACCCCAUCUUCAUCUUCUUCCUCUUCAUAUUCUUUCUCCGCCUCUUGCUCGAAUCCACGCCCAGGUGGCGGCGCGUGUGCUACAAACGCGACUUUUGAGGAAUAUUGCAGUGAGAUACAGAAUAGUAAGAUAUGGGAUGAUGAUGAUGAUGACUUCAGCAAUACUUCUUAA